GCCAUUUUGGUCAAAAGUGUGAAAUUUUUGUAUAUAAAUAGAGGGCUUCCCCUCAUAAAUAAAAUCAUCAGUCUUCCACUACUCUCUUCUCUCUACAAUUAUUCCUCUUUAACGCUUCCACCCAAAAUUGGUAUCAGAGCUAGCUAGUUAAAUAAUAACUAUGGAAAAUUCUGGAGCUACAAAUCUACAAAAACAGAUUACCUAUCAAGAAAAAGGAACACAAACUGAACCAGAUACAACAGAAGAAAUACUCAAAGCUAUUAAUACACUUUCUACGAAGGUGGAUAGUAUGGGAAAAGAGUUACAAAAUCUAAAAGCUAAUAGUCAGCAGCAUGACUAUAAAUAUGCGGAGCUACGCCAACAUACAGAGUUACGUCGAUCGGAAGACGCUAAAAUUCCAGAGCUACAAGGAGACGAUGGGAAACUCCAAAAAACCCUUAACAUUUGUUUAAAUGCAGCUACAGCCAGCACAUCUACAGCAGGACAACCUACAAAAAAUGAGGAGACUAAAAUAAAAUACACAAAUACAAACUUGAAUAAGUUAUUCUCAAAACCGUAUACACCUCAAAGUACCCAGAAAGAUAUAUUCAUACCACCACAAAUAAAUACCUACAAAGCCAGCCUAGAUUCAGAUAAACAAACAUAUAACCACAUUACCAGAAUGUAUAUAGAAAAUAUAUACAAAGUACAGACUUUUCUAAACAAAAACCCUAAAGCCAAAAAUACGAGAAACCCUGAACAAGACUACAUAACCCAACAUCUACAAGGAUACAAUAAACUAAUUGCACAACCAGGAACGAAUCCAAACCUAGUAGCAACUUGCUACAAUUACGGACUAAUAAGCACAGUAUAUACUAUUACUGGAGACGAAGUAGCUAAAAUACCUGAGCUACAUAAGGCACUUCUGCAAUAUAAAAGAAUAACUAAAGGAACUUUAUUUUAUAUAAAGUUCUACUCAGCAACAGCAGAGAUACUAUAUGAAGAAAUUAAACCUACAAUACAAGUUAUUAAGAUAGGUUUAACCAGAGAUAUGAUAAUACCAGAAAAAAUAGAUAUACAAGAAGAGAUACAGAAGGUGGAUAUCCCAAAUUUUUAUGCAAACAAAAGAACUAUUGGGAUAGCUACUAUAUUAAAUGAGUUAUCAAACAAUUACCUAAAUGAAAAUGCAAUUUGGAGUUAUUACAACAGAGAUCAAACAAUGAUAUACUCCAAUUGUAAAGAUAUAAGAGUAGCAGAUAUGGAAGAAGUACGACAAUGGAUAUUAAGUCUACUGAAACCAGAACAAAUACCUACAACAAGGGCUAUCAGGAAAAAUUUCAUUUCUCAAGAUUUGAUGACCAGAUAUUGCAAACUGAUCGGACAAAAGUAUCCAGACCAUCUAUGUUCAAAAUGCAAUGGCGAAGAUAACUAUGUCCCGGGAGUACAACUGGAGUAAACUAAGGAGAAGAAGAUAAGACAUAAAGAUAUGUGUACAAAUUAGUCAUAAUCAUUGUCGGCCAUAUAUAAAAAUGUAAAGGCCAUUAAAUAAAAUAGAAUAUAGUAUGUCGGCCAUUUGGCCAAAGUUUAUUUUGUUUUCUUGUAAAAAAGUCGUAAAGUAAAUAGUGUCAGUGUAAAUAGUAAGAGUCAAGUUACUGUGUAAAUAGUAAAGGUCAAGUA